AUGGGGCUGUCUUUCGGGAAGCUGUUCAGCAGGCUCUUUGCCAAGAAAGAGAUGCGUAUCCUAAUGGUGGGUCUUGAUGUUGCUCGUAAGACGACCAUUUUGUACAAGCUCAAACUUGGAGAGAUUGUGACCACUGUCCCCACCAUUGGGUUCAAUGUGGAGACAGUGGAAUACAAGAACAUCAGCUUUACCGUCUGGGAUGUCGGGGGUCAGGACAAGAUCAGUCCAUUGUGGAGACAUUACUUUCAAAACACCCAGGGGCUUAUCUUUGUUGUUGACAGCAAUGACAGAGACCGUGUUGUUGAAGCCAGAGACGAGCUUCACAGAAUGCUGAAUGAGAGUUUAACGAUGACUCAACAAUCAGGCAUGUCGGCAGCGUUCUGUGCUGCAAGUGCGGUGUUCCCAUGGCACCGAACGCCGCCAACAUGUGCGUGACUUGUCUCCGUUCUGAAGUCGACAUCACGGAAGGAUUGCAGAAACAGGUUCUGAUAAUCCAUUGCCCCGAGUGCGGUUGUUACUUGCAGCCACCAAAAACUUGGCUCAAAGCUCAAUUGGAAUCGAAGGAGCUCUUGA